CACCAGCUGCCUGGCUGCACUCUCAAUAGCUUCUUUCUAAAUCAGAGCAGCGUAGUGGAGUGUGCAGAGAGCGUCGUUUCUCUGGUCACCUGCAACGAGACGGGAAAAGACACACUAAUAAGGCUGGCACACCUAUCCCCCUCCCACAGUACCAAGAGCACUGUCAUCUCGGCCCACACAUGGCCCAGCUGCCCCCACAUGGGGAGCACAGUGGAAAUGGCUGGACAAGUGAACUGGGACGGCCCCUGGGGGGGUACGACCAGCCUGGGAGGGUCCCCAGUCUGCUGUCCCCAACCCACCCAGAUAUGUGGGAGAUGAGCUCGCAUAUCAAAGCUCAGUCCUCAGCAUGGAGCGUAGAUGGAGCUCAUUCAGGGUCUGGGAUCUUCUCCACCCGCAGCAGCAGCUCUCCAUACAGGGAGUGUGUGGCAAGUCCUGACGUCUCCACAGGCCUGAAAUGCUGGCAGUCCCUGUCCCGCCUGACACCAGAGGGCGCCGCGCGGACCCUAUGCCCCUCUCCGAGGGCAGACCUGUGGUCCCCGCUGGAUAAGAGUGGGAUUCGGAGGGAGAUGCCGGGGCAGAGGCUGUGUGGGACUCACGGGCGUCUAGACAACCAAACGGGGCUGCUAGGGCACAGGGAAGUGCAGCUGCAACACUGCCAGACCAGCACACAGCUGCUGGAACUCAGGCACAAGAAGCUGGCGGAGGCACUGAGUGCCCUGGAGCACGAGAAGGACACGGCAAAGCUGAGUCACGCCGAGGACAGCCCUCGACGUAAAGAUCUUCAGGAGAAGGUCCAGCAACUGGAGCUAGAUAUGAUGAAGAUGAGGUUGACUCUGGAGAGGGAGAAGACUGUCCUCCUCAGCCGAUCUGUGCCCACAAUGCAGGAAGACAUCUACGGAAAGCAGCAGCAGGCCGAGAAAGAGCUUAAGGAGGGGAGAUCGACCCUGAGAAAGAUUCAGGGGAGAGUGGCAGCUUUGGAGGAAGAACGGGAGACAGCCCUCCGGCAGGUCCGCCUGUCUGAGGAGAGCCGACUGGCAGCUCUGACUGAGAUGGAGGGCUUGAACCGGAGGCUAAGCGAUUUCGACCAGGCGCAGACCAAGCUCCAGGACCAGCUGAGUGAGGCCCGUGGUCAGCUGGCCCAGGCCGGUCUGGAGAGAGACCUGCUGUCAUCCAAGGUGGUCAGGCUGGAGGACACUGUGGAGGACCAUAAGGUCAAGCUAUCAGAGGCCUUGGCUGACAAGGAUCACCUCCUACAGGAGAAGGCUGAACUCCACUGGCGGGCGCAGAGCCUGGAGCUGCAGCUGGACAGUGUCCAGAAGAGCAGGGAGGGAUUCAGUGACCAGCUUGGUGAGCUCCACGGGGAGCUGGAGGACGCAAGGGCCCAGGCCAAGCGCAAGGAGGAGGAGGCGGCGCGGAUGCAGGAGGAGCUGCGGAGGGAGGAGCAGCUGAAGGAGGGCCUGAUGGUGGAGCUCGCAGAGGAGAGACGGAGGCUGCAGGUGGCGUCAGCGAGGCUGCGGGAGCUGGAAGCCGAGAGGCCUUUCCACACAGAUCGGAUCGCAGCCCUGGAGAAGGAGCAAUCGCAGCUGGUCAGCCAGAUGGGGGCACUGCAGGCUGCUGCACGGCAGGGGAGCCAGGAAGUGACAGUGCUGAGAGGGAGGUGUGAGGAGCUCAGAAAAUCCUACAAUGCUCUUCACCAAGAAAAUAAGGAGCUGCUGAGUCAGUGUCAAAGCAUGGAUGCCAGAAUUCUGGACAAGGAGGCGGAGCUCCAGAGGAAGGGGGAGGAGCAUAAGCAGAUUGAAGCAGAGAUGGCAGAAGAGCUGGAGAACCUGCGUCGAGUGGGGUCACACUGGAAGGAGAGGUGGAGUGAGGUUGUUAAGACCUUGCAGGUCUCCCAGGAGGCGCUAGAGAGCACCAAGGAGCACCAUCACCACUGCCAUCACCCUGCAGACAUGCUGAAAAAGGAGCUGGCACAACUGACUGCAGAGGUGGAGAAACUUCAGAGCGAGGCAGAGAGUAACCAGAAGGAGAUUCAAACCCUGUCGUGGCAGAAGGCAGAAGCAGAAGCAGAACUCAACAGGGUCAAAGGGGAUGGUGGCACUCUGGGCAGGCUUGAGCUGGAUGCCUGCAGACGGCAGCUGGAGCUUGAAAGGAGCAGAAACCGGAACCUUUUGCAAAGACUGAUGGGAACCUGCGGGCCACUGGAGGGACGGACGGGUGCAUUUUUGCUGAGGUACCCAGUAGAGAGUGAUUCUGAUUCUCCUGAGACUGGUCAGGGAGUGAGACACCUGGGAGGUGCUGGCUUCGUGUGGCCUCUGAUUGAGCCUUUAUUCGUCAUAGCUUCUCCUCCAGCUACCUCAGAGGGAAGGAGUUACAGAUACCCCCCCCAAAAUGAUGCAGCUGUUCAGAUGCAGGAGAAAGGAACAGAGACGGAUUCUUCCAGUCCUCCCAUGGAGCAAGCGCAGUGGUCCACUGCCACACGGAUGCCAGAAUCCCCCUCCAACCUCCAGGAACCAGUCCAGACCUUAAGGGAAACCUCCCUGGAAGAGGUGGAUGGAGAGCUGAACCAAGUUAAGGAGGAAAUACAGGAAGUACAGAACGUGCCGCGGGUGCAGGUUGGGGAAGCGGAGGAGCAGCAGGGGGAGCUGCUGUCACCAUGGGGGCAGGUGUCCCAGAAAAGUAGGGAGGUGCACAGAUUGGAACAGCAGCUGACAGAGCAGGAGCACAAGCUAGAGGAGAAGGAACAAGCUUUGAGGAAUUUGGAAAGACUGAGAGAUACAGAGCAGGCAGAAUCCCAGGACCAGAUCACCUCCCUGGAGUUAAAGGUGGCAGAACUGAAGGAGCAGAUGCAGAGGGCUGGAAGUGUGGGAUGUACCAGGUGCUCCGCAGGAUCAGUUACAGACAGCGACACAGGAACUGUGCAUCUGCCGACAGAGGGGGACUUGGCAGUGCGGGGACUGCAACAGGACAGAGGACGGAGUGGAUCCCCCGAUAUCAGGAGGGAGAUCCGGCCGAAGUACGUCGACCAUGACAACCAGAUGAGGCUGGUCACUGAGCAGCUGAAAAGUCUGUUCCGAGAAAGGGAGCAGCUGGGAUUGGUGAAUGACACAUCGGCACGGAAGCGGAGAGAAAGUCGAUUGCUACAGGACCGGGCUACAAAAUCGAGACUAAUCAAGAAUGUUUUAGAAACAAUACAGAGCCAAAAAACAGAGGAACAGGAGCUUCUUCGGGAGAAGGGGCGCCUUCAACGGGCAAUGCUGAGUGGUGCAAUAUUGAACCAGCAGGGGGAGCCAGAACCGCAGGAACAAACAGCUCAACAUAAAAUGGGCUCUAAGCAAGAAUAAAGUGAAGUUCUUAUAGGUUCAUACUAUGCAGCAUUAACAAAUAAUUAGGUCUAAGGACAAACGGCCAAUCAGAUUUAAAGACGGUAUUAAGUCCUGUACGAAAACCCAAUAUGCAUGCUGUGAAUGAGUUGGAAACGCAAGCUUAAAUGGUGCCACAUAGGCGACUCUAGGCUUUUCCCUCAGGUAGUGCAAGAUGAGAGAGCUCAACUAGUGAUUCAUCCAGAUAAGUACAUAUGUAAAAAUAAAAAAUGUAAAUUGUAAAUACAUUUACAAUAAAUUAUUAUUACGCAUGGAUAUGAUUAACACAAACCACACAUUCAAAUAUAAUUUUACAAUAUAAUUUAGUUUUAUAGAACUUAUGUUCAAAUAGUAUUUUCAGCUGGCCACUAGGGGGCGUAAUUGCACCCCAUGCACCCCCGGUAUAAUCACCUGUGUGGUGUCGCCGACGUCCAUCUCACAAACAGGCCAGAUGGAGAAGCCGACUGGUAAAUGUGCAAUAUUAUGCAUCUUUUCCAUGAUAUCGUUAAAAAUGUAUGCACACUGGAAGCUAGUUAGAGACACGCCUUGUUUUGCGCAUUGUAUUUUGUGCAAUUCAGACUUUCCAGUCGCUUACGGCACAUCCGGGGGUUCAGGAAACAGCGUGACCCCCAAACCAGGUGUUCACCAGGCGAUAAUGAAAGACAUGUCGGAGUUAGUCACAGAUGUUCAUCUAUUUCAGUGACUGUCUACCAUAUAGUAUUAUUUAAAAUUAUGCUAAUAUGCAUUACGUUUGGUUUUUAAAAUCCUUCACUGUGCGUACUGAUGGUCUAGAAAGUGCUAGUGUAUUCUUCUGUUGGGCGCCCGGCACGUAAGCGGGGCUAAGCUGGCAGGACAUUUGCCGAAGGACAGGGUAGUGCUCACGAUAAAUUCACCAAGCCAGACUGUGUAAUAAUUAAUGAAUUAAAGACGGGUUUCUUUAUGAUUUUUUGACAAUGAGGUUAAUACGACUGAGAUAUAUAUCAGUUACUGUGAGACCUAAACCAUUUUUAAGGGUAUACGUAAUGGUAUAAACAAGUUCAAUUUAAGUCCUUUUUAAUACCACUUGAAAUUAAAUUUAAGACCAAACCUCCAAUGGAAACACAAAAGUGAAAUUCUUUCCAAAUAGACAGUCAGUUAGACAGUCAGUUAAAAUGAAGACUAAAGUAAAAUGACAAUAAUUGGGUUUAAGAACAUGGUCCAAAUGUGUUUGAUGUGAAAAUAAUACAAAAAAGUAUUAUUUCUCUCCCAAAUUAUAUUUAUUAUUACAAUACUCAUAUAAUAUUCAAUAUCAGUGGAAACAAAACUCCAAAAGAAAAAAGAAAUGACAGAUGUGUAUACAAACCAAAUCAAAGUGCUUUUACAAUAUCCUUCACAACGUAUCGCCAUACGUGGAUAUAGUCUAAAAUCAAAUUAGGUAAUUAGGAUAAUAUUGUUCCUUUGAAGGAGAAAACAAACAAAAAAAAGGAAAAAAUAAUUCCAACAGGUUUAGAAGAGCAAAUCAGCCUAGCAAGAAUGUAACAAUCUGAAGGUAUAACUUUCAUUUGACACUUGAAAGUUGAAACAUCAAUGGUGAAGUAAGAUAGAGAAAAAACAACUGACUGGGCAUUAUGGCAAAUAAUAAUAAUUAUUUAAUAAUAAUUUCCAGCUCUCUCUUAACCAUUUUCAGCUCAGCGGUUUUUUCUUCGUAUCUCUUCCUGAGUAUGAUGAGCUGGGUCAUGAGUUUGUCUGACUUACCCUCAGCUUGCUAAUUAUCAUAUUUGCAACAAUACCUUUAGAACUGCUUCUGCUCCUAAGCCAGCAUCCAAAUCGGCGACCGGCGCUGGAUUUGGCUGCAGGACCGGAUGGCUGUUUGUCUAUGCUGGACUACCUCCACCUCCCCAUUUCCAUCCCCUGUUGCAAGUCAUGACUUUUUAUGUUGUAAGGUGUAGUGACUAUGUGCUUAUGUU